UAUUGUGUUGAUCUGUUAUAUUUUGUUCUCUAGUUGUGUUUAUCCUGUUGUUUGUUAGUAGGUUGUUGUCUUGUUUGGUUGUUGCUCCUGUGAUACGCUUGUCCAGGCACCUUUUGAGUGACGAACCUGGAAUCUGGCCUCUGUCACAGUUAGCUUUUUUUGGUUUGUUGUUUUGUGUCCUACUUGUUGUUGAUUGACUGUUGCUUGUUUGUUGAGUAUUGAUUUUGAUCAUGGGGGAUACUAGUACUUCUGCUACCAUGAUUAGUAAGCUUGAUAUUGGAGACCCUUUGUACCUUCACCCUAGUGACUCUAGUACCUUAACUAUUGUUAGUAUAAAGCUAAAAGGAACUGAAAAUUACCCUGUCUGGUCUAAUGCUAUGAGACUUGCUUUAGAAGCGAAAAAUAAAUAUGGGUUUAUUGAUGGUAAGUGUAUAAAACCAAAAGAUGAUCAGGUCUUAGCAAAUCAAUGGGAAAGGUGUAAUUCAGUGGUGAUUACUUGGUUGUUAAACUCUAUUUCUGAGGAGUUAUUUCUGGGGCAAGUUUUUUCUAAACUUGCCUCAGAAGUCUGGACUGAUUUAAAAGAGUCAUUUGAUAAAGUGGAUGGUUCUGUUGUGUAUGAUUUGUAUAAAAGAAUAAAUGGUAUUUCUCAAAAUGGAAGCACUGUUGCUGAAUACUAUAACAGACUGACAACCAUGUGGAAGCAGUUUGAUGCAAUGGUGCAGCUUCCUACAUGUUCUUGUCAGGCUGCUAAAGAUUACAACGAUUUUUCUACUCUCAUUAAACUAAUGCAGUUUCUUAUGGGGCUUGAUGAUGUUUAUCAGCCUGUAAGAACAAACUUAUUAACAAGAGAACCAUUCCCUUCAGUUAAGGUUGCAUUUUCUAUUGUGUCCAGAGAGGAGUCUCAUAGGUUGUCUUCAAAUGGGUCUAAAGGUCAAAAUGUAUCGUUUGUAACUAAGUCUGGUCAAUCAUUUGAUUCUAGGAAGAAAAAUACUAGAGGUCCUAACCCUAGCCUAAAAUGUUCUCAUUGUAAUAUGCUUGGUCAUACGGUUGACCGAUGUUAUGAGAUUAUUGGAUAUCCUCCUGGUUUUAGGAAAAGACCAGGUGGACAGGUUCCUAGGUCUAAUGUGUCUAAUAAUAAUAAUAAAAACAAUACUACUGUUGGGUCUUCAAAUUCUGUUGGUACUGCUAUGCCUUUCACUUCUGAGCAGAUUUCUAAGUUGUUGAGUCUUGUUGGGGAGAAUUCUGGUGGUGAACAGGCUAAAUCUAAUAUGGGAGGAUUUGAGAUCCAAGAAGGUCCUGGUGACUGGUAGUCAGGACAAUGGUUUAUACUUUGUUGGGAAACAUGGUAAUUCUGCUAAUGUGUGUUU